UUGUUUUCUGUUUCGAAGGAUUAAAUCGCUAAAGCUAGGAAGAUAAAAAAAAAAAGAACCUAUUUGUAGAGUUAAAACUGCGUAAUGUGUGUUGUUUAUAAGUUCUUACAUUUGUGGGCAAAAUUUUUUCUGAACACUUUUCGUCUAGCCAUUGUGAUUGAAAAUUGAAAUGGAAAAUCACAAACAAAAUGGAUCACCACUACAAAAAAAUCUUGCAGGGAGUGAUCAAGAAGAAAUCACUGGUCGGAUCAAAGUUUUAGUUCAUCAAGAUGCUCUAGAUAUUCCUGAACAUUCCCUUCGCAAAGAUAUUGUUCCUGGAGAACGACCUCACUUCCUGCCUGAUGCUAAAUCUUUAAAGCGACGUCCCAGUUUGAUUGUUGAACCAGAUGAUAUCAUAACUCCUCUUAGUGAAGAAUCAAGUCCCACUGUGACAGGAAAACAAUGGGAUGACAAGCCUUCAGUUGAAAACUAUGAUACAGAUGAUGGCAGCUGUUAUGGUAGAGUAUGCCCUUGCUGUGGAGAUCUCAUAGAUCCAGGUAGCAUGACACUUGGCAGACUUUUAGGACUCCUCACUAAUUUAGCUUUUUAUGUGGGAAAUCUAGCAUCUGAUUUUGCUGUUUGCUAUCUUCUCUUCUCCCAUGGCAAUAUGCUGUGGUUUGCACUAGUUGCGGCAUUCACAAUCAUUCCAACUGUUAUUCUCAAUAGUAUCAGCUAUCACUUGUCCAUCAGUAAAAUGCUAGUAAAACGAUCCAUCUGGAACCAAUCUGAAUCUUUCCUUGUCAGUGUGAUUGUUGCCUUAUUGCACUUAUCUCAGUUUGGUGUCGCAGCAAGGUAUCUUGGUUAUCUAUUUCUCCAUGAAUUGGAAUACCUCUGGGUUAUAUUUUGUCCCAAUGAGAAGAGAAAAGAUUUCGAUCAUCACAGUGGAAAAUAUGUUGAGCUGCCUUAUUUACCUUACUUAUUUAUGGUAGAAGCGAUGCUGCAGUGUUUGCCACAACUAUUAAUUCAACUUUAUAUUCUUAUUAAAGGAGAGGAUACUCUUUCUCAAGAUAUUAAUCAAAUGUUGAUAAUUUCUGUUAUUGUGAGUCUCCUGAACCUCACUCGCCUUAUCACCACUUGCAAGCAUGUCCAGAAGAACUUUACCACUCCUUGGUCUGGUCUUUUCUUCAUAUACAUGUGGUACCUCUUCACAAAUGUUUCCCGCGUCAUAUCAUUAUCUCUUUUCAUGACCAAAUUCUUGCUUGGAUUCUUCAUGCUUUGUCUUUUCCACUGGAUCAUAAUGAGCAUCUGGGCAGUCAGUGUCCUUACUCCAUCAGUUCCUUGCUUCACUGUCAAUGGAUUUCGCAAAAACUGUAGCAAGUACUUCAAAGGUUUCCUGUAUGGAAUAAUUUAUCUGUUGUGUUUCAUGGAACUGAAAAUAAUGGAUGAUUCUGAAGGACCCAAUGUUCCUUCUCGCUAUCUGUAUGUAUUUUUUUAUUCUGUGAUGCUGUUAGAGAAUACAGUUGUUAUUAUACUGUGGUAUGUAUAUUCCAGCAGUGCAUGGUACAGUGUUUAUGCCAUUGUAGCUACAUUCCUGACUUUUUUAACUGGAAUCUUUUUCAUGUACAUAUACUACAGGUACUUUCACAAAAAUGUUAUAAAUCAUUCAGAUAGAUGGAAAUGUGUGAUGUUGUUUCCUGCUUGUAACAGAGUAGGCUGAUUGAAAUUCUCUUUUGAUUAAUUUUGCAGGAACCAAAUCUGAUUCUACCUCUGAAAUGAAAUGUAAAAAGAAUCUUAUAAGAAUUAUUUAUUUUUAUUUUGAAUGCCAAUUAUAUCUUAUUUAUAUGUAUUUCUUGUGCUUUUCUCCAUGGUUUGACAGCAUUGGCCACCGUGCAUAAAUGCCUCUUUUUGGCUAGCGCACUAGCUACAAAAUACAACAACCAAAAGCUGUAAAAAAUAUUGCUGAUUAAGAAAACUGCUCUUGGCAAGUUAGGCACAAUUUUUUUUCUAUUGUACCAAGAGUGAAAAUUGUCAUAUUUUUGUACUAUUAUCACCAACAGAAAACAUUAUUUUUAACAAAUUUAUGUUCCUUUGAUGUGUGAUUUUUUUUUAUUGUGAGCUGUGUGUUGGAUUGAUUCUACUACCAAAUGAUGCUUUCUGGUUAUGUUCUGUGUUUCUUGUAUUUAUCAAGAUAGAUUUUUUAUUAAUUUGACUAUUGUCUGGGUUUUGCACAUUCCACAACAAAUUUAUAGCUUUGCAGAAUCUGGAAUUCAUUGUGUCUAUGUAAAAUUUUUGAUAUUAUCUACUCUUAUUUUAUAGAAUCAAAAAUCCCUAAUGAUCAAUUUAUAAGAUGCACUUAAUUGCUCUGCACUUUAAAUAAAAUCCUUAAUCAUAAAUAAAAACUAUAGAAUUUAAUCUUUAUACUUUUAAAAACAUUAUUAGGGUAGUAUAUCUGUAAAAAUCAUAUACAAUGCUAUGUUUGUUUAUAAAAAUGUUUUUUGAAUAAAUUUUUUAGUAGCCAGAAUCCGAAAGCUUAAACAAACCAUAAAUUCGAAUCUUUAGAAUAUUGUUAUGUUACUGCCUCGGUUUAGAUUGAUAUAAACAUCAAUCUUAUGUACAUAAUUUUUUUAAAAUAAUAUAUACUGAAGCAGAAUGAUAUAAGUACUAGAGUAUUUUUAUUUAAUGGCAUUAGGUCUAGGCAUUUGUUCUUACUUCCUACUCUUUUACAUUUGUGUGUUUUACAAUUUUUUAAAAUUGUGAAUGGUAAACAAGGAAUAUUUUGUAUCUUAAUUAAUGUUGUAAUUUUUUGUGAGGUACUUUGAUAUUUCUUUCGAAAAUUUAUACUAGGAAUAAAUUAAGGUUUCCUUAAAAUUUUAUCUUUUCACAAAAUAUAUGCCUCAUAUAACAAAGUUUUGAAACAAAUGAAUACUAGAUUGCUUUUGAUCCAUAUUUCACCAGUAGAUUAGAAUUGCAAAUUUCCUUGCUUAUUGUUCCAAGUGCCAUACAGGAUGCUUAAUUUAAAUCAGUAUUAAGAUUAUGAACAAAUAUAUAUACCAAAGAUUUUAUAAAUAAAAAGAAAUUUGGUGUGUCAGCCAUGAUUUUUCUAGUAAUUAUACAAAGAUUUUUUAAUGUGAUUUUACAGUUUUUAAUGAGUUUU